CGCCCUGGCCCUGACUGCUCCAGCACCCCGCUCCUCCGCAGCAGCGGCAGACUGGCCAACGGAGCCACGCAGUACACAGUACGCAGUACGAGGCUGCCUGAAGAGAGCCUUCCAGCUGUUCUGUGGUUGGAGCCCUGACUAUGGCAGCCAUUCUUCUGAGAGCAAAGCCCAAGGUACCAGUAUCUUUUGAGGAUGUGUCUGUGUACUUUACAAAGACAGAAUGGAAGCUUCUUGAUCUCAAACAGAGGAAUCUCUACAAGCAGGUCAUGCUGGAGAACUACAGUCAUUUGGUGUCAGUGGGAUUUGCUUUCUCAAAGCCUAACCUGGUGUCUCAGCUGGAGCGAGGGGAGAAGCCCUGGAUUGCAGAUGGUGGAAUGGGGACUGCAACAGGAUCCUGUGCUGGGAAUGGGAUAAAGAACAAGACACUGACUUCAAAACCAAAACUUUUUGGAAGAGGUCUCCUUGGAGACACCUCAGGAUCGUCAGUGCAGAGACGUCCUCAUGACUUCAGGCCAAAUACCACUGUAAGGUACCAGCACUCCAGAAUCGCAGAUAAGCGCUAUCUGUGUCAGCAAUGCGGAAAAUCCUUCAGCCGCAGCUCCAAUCUCAUCAAGCACAGGAUCAUCCACAGUGGCGAGAAACCCUACAAGUGCAGCGAGUGCGGGAAGUUGUUCCGGCGAAGCUUGGCGUUGCUGGAGCAUCAGCGCAUCCACAGUGGCGACAAGCCCUUUGAGUGCGAGGAGUGUGGCAAGACCUUCACGCGCAGCUCCAACCUUGUUAAGCACCAGAUCAUCCACAGCAGCGAGAUGCCAUUUAUGUGCCGAGUGUGCGGCAAGGUGUUCCGGAGGAGCUUCGCACUACUUGAGCAUGCGCGCAUCCACAGUGGCGAGCGGCCUUACGAGUGCAGUGAGUGUGGCAAGGCAUUCAGUCGCAGCUCCAACCUCAUUGAGCACCAGCGUACCCACAGCGGCCAGAAGCCCUACAUCUGUCAGGAAUGCGGCAAGGCCUUCAAGGGCAUUUCGCAGCUCAUCCACCACCAGCGCAGCCACCGUGGUGGCAGGCCGUUCUCAUGCCGCGAGUGCGGUAAGGCCUUCCGUGGCCACUCGGGCCUUAGCCAACACCAGCGAGUGCACAGUGGGGAGAAGCCCUAUGAGUGCACCGAAUGUGGCCGGGCCUUUGGUCGCCGGGCCAACCUCUUCAAGCACCAGGUGGUGCAUGGUGGUGUGAGGCUACAGCGUCAUGGCCUUGGGAAGGGGCUCCGGCAUGGCUGCAUGCUCCUGGAGCAUAGGCGCUGGCUCCGCAGGUCAUGGCCCCAGGAAACUGGGGAAGGCAGCUCGUCAGAGCCCCAGCCCAUUGACACCAAUGAGAAGCCUCAAGUGUGUGAGCUCUGCUGCCAGGUCUUCGAUAACAAGUUGCUGCUGUGUCGCCAUUUGCGCAUCCAUGACGAAGAUGACAAGAAACAGAAGCUGAUUACUGCCAGCACCUCAGGUUUGGAGGAGAAGUCGCAGCUCAGCCAGGAUCUGGAAUCCCAGCCAGCAGAGGAAAGCGACAGCGAAAGCAAUGAAAGUUUCCUGUGUGCUGAGAAGGCCCAGGGCCCAUCCUCACCUUGAGACUGGAAACAGCAAACUCAGAAUGACAGGGUGGCUCCUACUCGAAGCAACUCAGAAUGACAGGGUGGCCCCACCCACCCAGUAUAAUCUGCCCUACUCCUUCCUUCCCUGAUGGGUAAAAAAGGAAGGCUCCCUCCCUAGUCUUUGAUUAUACAGUUGAUGCCUAGAGAUUGCACAGGAAGGCUCCUCAAGAAGCCUAGUCAGGGUCCUCCUGUGUGUGCUUGGGUGUGUCAGUGAGGUCUCCAGGUGAUUAGAUUUGCAUAAUACAGAGUUGAUCUCUCCCAUCCCUAUGAGAAUUGCCUGAUAUGGUUGGGAGAAAAGCAGCAGUGUCCAGUCAACACUAAGCACAGUUACUUUGAAGUUUACAUAGGGAUGACCCAUGUCCUUUCUCUUGUUAAAGUGUUAGUGGGGUGGUUGCCUCCCCUUAAGAGUUGUUUGUAUUUCUAUUUUGAGCAUACUAAAAGCACUUUAUUCCAUUAAAAGUAUAUAAAUUGAAGAGGGCUACACUAUCGGUGAAAACUUGGACACUAUGUAUGUGCCCCUGCUGCUGCUUGGAGGGUCUGUACCAAAUCUUGCAGAGAGGCUAAGGUCAAGGGACCCUGAGGGUCUCCUUUUUGGGAAAGGAGCCCCUUUCCUCUGGUCUCUCACAGGAAAAAGGUCUAGGUAAAACACAGCAGUAUUUGUACCCCUCCUCCCCUCCCACUUAGUGAAGGCCAUACUGGCCACUCCUUCUCCUCUACCCCAGUGCCUAAAGCUUUAAAUUUGUCUGCUAAUCUAUUUUAAGGCAACCCAUUGUGUGGUGGUGACAGGUUAGGAAUUUGCACUUAGGUAGCCCCUAAAAUGAGUCUGGUCAGACAGUUAUCAGAUGACAUUUCUUAGAAUAUUAAAGUUGCCUUCCCAAGCCAUGACUGAUGGUAUGGUGGCAAAUCUGGCCCUUUGAGUGAUGUGACAACUCCCACCUCCCUUCCUUUAAACCUGACUGGCUCUUUAACUGGAACUUUACUGAAAAGGAAGCCAGAGGCAGUCCUAGUCCUCCUUUGCUGUCCCCAGGAGAUCUUUCCCUUGGUAUAGUCACCUCAGCAUCCUGGGUAGCAAGCUACUCUCUAACCCUCUCCUAUCCCGGAGGACAGAAAGACUUUGUCACAAAGGCUGCCUAUAGACAGGUUGGUGGUACAGGUGAAGUGCAGGCAGCUCUUGAGCACUCCAAAGAAGAGUGAUAGCACCUUCUGUGCUAUUUGAGUGAGGCUCAAAGACAGCUGCAUCCUGAUAAAUAUGGGAAGGUCUAGAAACCCAGGAUGCUGGUUGGAGCCCUGAUCAUAAGAAUACGGGCGUGCACGUGCAUGCGAGAACACACACACACACACACACACACACACACAUACACACACACAGGUUUUAUGUAUAUAAAAUGUUUUGUGUGAAAUUCCCGUUUGUAACGUGCUCUUAUCUCUGUCUUCUAGUAGAUCCCCAUCUUCUAGUCCUGUGAUUGUUCUCUUGCCUGUGAGCCUGCAGCUGUGUAUCAUGCUCAGCCUUGUGUCUGCACUUCAAACCCCAUGCUGAGUACUAGUGAAAAAGCCUUGGUCUCUUGGUCUGCUGUAUUUGAGCUAUGUAGUGGUUAGCUUCAGUGGCUCAUGGAGGUAGUCCAGAGUAUCUGUCACUUAGGUCUCCCUAUAGAAAAAGAGAUGCUAAGAACAGUGCCUUUUAAGUCCCUGGUGGAUUAAUUGCUCAGACGAUCUCUGCUAGGCCUGGCACAGAUAGAGGAAACUAGGUCUCAUCCAGAGAAGGUGCCUACAGUGGGAGGCUCUGUGCAAACUCUGUUACAUGCUCUUGGGUGUUGAUUUCCAUGACUCUAGGAAGUGAAUGAAUGAAACCUAUCCUCCAAGCCAGUCACCAGCUCCUAUAACCAAGAAUAAGUCCCUAGGGGAAGGGUCAUGUGCAGGCGUUUUCAUCAGAAAGUGGGGUCUGCAGGGAGAGAUGUGUAGAGCACUUCAGAGGGGAAUACCCUGAAAUGUUCCAGGGUCCCCAAUUGUUGCCUAGUACAUAGCAACACAUCUCUUUGUCAGUUCUCUACUUUAGUUCCUGCUCCUAGGUAUCAUGCUCAGUCUUGUGUCUGCACUCCAAACCCCGUGCUGGCAGGUAGAGCAGUGAGUUUUCUCAGGUAUAGUAAGCAGGUAUGUAAAAUUAACAGAAUGGGUUUCUCCUGGAAUAAAGCCAGAGUAACCAGAGGGAUACUUGUGCUUUUCCUUGUUUUGUGCCUGAAAAUUGCUUCAUCCCUCAAGCUGGAUGGGGAAUGGGGCUGAUUGAUCAUUUGUGUGUUUUGAGGGGCAACUAGAUUAUAAAAGUUUAAACUGUCAAAACUCCUGUUGUUUUCCAGUUACCCUCUUCCUGUUCCCCCAUACCUUACCUUUGGACUAUUUUCCUUGUAAGACUUUGACUGCUUUUCAGUUGCUGUGUGAAUGGCCUAGCAGUGUCUCCAGGAAACUGCAAGAUGAUCUUCUCUGAAUUUAUCAUUAGGUAUAAUUUUCAACAUUUUUGUUGGUUGAAAAAAAAAGACAGCUACUUGGAAAGGGGCUUUCCCAUGUGGAGAGGAGCUGUUCCCAGGAUUAAAGUAAAUAAAGGUAGUGGAUUCAAGGUCACAGGCAACAGUCACAUCUGACCUAAAAAGACCCUCGUGUGAUGCUAGACUUUUGGGGAAGGGUUUGCUUCCCAUGUGGGAGGCCCUGCCUUAUCUGCCCAGGGUGCAGGUUCUCACAGGACCCCAUGCUGCAACUCUGAGACCAGAUUUGUGUAAGUUUCCUUAAGAGAAAACUCCAUCAGUAUCCUAAGAUGCACCACUAUACCUGCCUUCUGGUUUUUGUUUGUUUUUUUUUAUUUGCUACCAAGUUUCAGGCAACAUGGAAGCAUUCACCCUUUCAGCUUUCCAGAUAUGGAGCAGAUUUUUCCAGACAGUAGGGACUUCAGGUGUGUGUGGGGGCAGGGAAUCUUGCUGAAGAGUGCCUUGGUUGGGAGUGGGGAGGAUGAAGUGUAUUAGGGAAGCUCAGAAUGCACACAGGCUUCUCUAGGACAGUUCUGAGUCAGGAGCUCCAUUAGUCUGCAGUAUGGAGCGCCUAGGAUGACGUGUAGAAAGUCAGACUCUAGCUGAUCCCAGAUGAGGAACAAUUUUCGUAAACAAAAAUCGCAGUUAGUGUUAAUGACAUCUACUAUGGGCAUGAGUGCACACCUUACCAGCCGCUAUGGUCAUCUAGAUACAUUUUAGGUCUGUGAAAUAUCCACAUAGAGAUGGCCACCAUGAAGAGGUAGUGUGAAAAAAGAGGAAGGGGUCCCACACAUCUUCCUCUGAGUCCCCACUUGCCCUGGCAUUUAUAGCUAGCUUCAUGUUCUUGUGAGUCCUAAUUCAUCUCUGAUUUCACAAAACAAUGGCCCUCUGAGAUUUCUGGACAUUUUCUUUGUAAAGGGGGUUUCUUUGGGGGACUGUUGCUUUAAGCUUGUGUAACUCUAUGGAGCCCAGGCUGGCCUUGCACUCUUAACCUUUCUGCCUCUACUUCCUAAGUGCUGGAAUUACAGGUUUGGGCACCAUGCCUGACUUCUGCAGAUUCUUACAGUCUUAUAUUAAAAGCACCAUCAAGUUCAAAGCCUUGCACAUUUUUUAGAACAAUGCCUCCUUUUGUGCUCAGUAACGUUAAGUCUGGUCCCUCUCCAUCACUUGGGAAUGUUGAGAGCAAAAAUGAAGGCUUACUGUGCACUUGGGAGGCUCCUGACUCAUUAACGGUCUUUAGUAAAUUGAUAGGUGUAUAUACAGCUUAAAGUGUGCAAUUGUGGGUGGAUUGUGAUGGGUGUCUGUACUCUUAGAACAAUCCUUACUCUCAAGUCAGUGAACAUUCAGCAUCUUAGCCAAUAACUCCUGCUUUCUGCCCCUCCCUGUCCCCUGUCCUUACAACCACUGCUUUCCAUCACUAGCGAUUAACUUCUAUAUAAAUGAACUUCCACAGUGUUUGUCUGGACUCUCAGUGCUAUUUUGUAAGAUGUUUCCAGGUGUUUGUGUGUAUAUUCACACUUCAUAUUUAUUCCAUUGUAUACAUGCCUCCAAUAUAUGUUGAUGCCAAUUAAUUAAUAUUUACAUUCUUUCCAGUUUGAGACAAAUAAAGCUGCUAUGAGUAUUUAUAUCCA